UUUGGAAACUGUUUAAUGAAACACAGGUUGAAUAUGGCAGCAAGACCUUUACAAGUUAAUUCAGGAUCAAAUGGAGGGAACCUAUUCACUCACGUUGGUGGCGGACCAACAGCUGAGCAGCAAGAUCCAGGACUGUACGGCACCAGCCAAGACCCAGGACCUUCAUUCCAUCCCCAACACUACAUCUCUGCCCGGCCUGUCUUACAUGCUCUACCUCCACCCCAUUUCCUCCAGUGCCAGUGGCCCAUGCCCUUCUCCUAUUCCCCUUUUGGUGGCUUCCCAGGCAUGGGCUAUGGUAUGGUCAUGCCCUCAUUCCCUCCUCCUCCCUAUAUGCAGGCUCCAGCCUACAUCCUGCCCCACCCUCACAUUCAACCAGUCGACUACAGACGGUUGCUCCACCCCCAAGUCCAUGUUCCCAACGCACCCUACCGGAACCAAAACCAGACCUGCAGAAUUCACCCGCCUCAUGCUGGCCGUGUUCGAGAAACCGUGAACUCUGAGGUCCAAACAGAACCCACACAGAUAGACGGUGGUUACGGUGAGGAAAGCCCACCUGUCAGCUCAGAUUCUGCCUGUGGAUCAGCCUCAAACUCUCCAUCAUCCUCAAGUUCCAGCUCCCAAAAACGAGGUUCUGCCGAGGUUGAAAACUAUACCUUACCCAGCAGUAAUGCAAAAGACACCAUGGUUAAAAGGUCCAGCACAAGUAGCACAGUCAAACACCGCUUUAAAGUCCUGCACCCUACAGAAACGAAGACUGUCCAGUCAGAUGUGAGAGCAACUCUAGAAACACAGAAGAGCCGGAAAGACUUUGUUGUUCAGAAGAAUAUUUCCCCUUGCAGAAACAAUGACUUCCAUUUUUGGUCAGUGAGUUCUCCAGAUGGCAUUGUUCCUGUGUGUAGCUCUUCUCAACAAGAGGAGGAGGUUGUCAAAGAGAGACGUGUCUCUGUUCCUGACAUUCUGAGGAGUUGGGGAGGUGGCACGCCGCAGGCAACAAUGCUGAAAAUGGCAGACAAGUUGCUUGAGACUGACCACCAACUGCCAUCUUAUGAAACUGAAGUAGAGGAUAAGUCAGUUUACCAGAGUCAAACUGAGACCAGAAAUGAUCCAGUGGUGGCUGACUGUGCUUUUGCUCACGAUGAUGCUGAGGGUAACUUAAGGUAUAAGGACAGUGCAACCCUUUUCAAGAUCCUUAAACUGAGAAAAGGUCAUGAAGAGCGAAAGGCAGAAUCCAGAAGAGAAAAUGAGCCUGUGGGAUUGGUUGGCUCUGUAAGGCACUUACCCUACAGAGAUGAACUGCUACAUUCAUUUAACAAAUCCCAAAAGCUCCCUGACAAUGAGCAAGAAGAGGGCAACGAGACAAAUCCACAUGAAGACACUACAGAGAUCAUUCCCUAUCAAAUGUUUUUAAAAGGCUGUCAGAUGAAGACAAAAAUGAAUGAGUCUGUUUGGUCUGUGGAGUCUCUGCCCCUUUUUAUCCCCACUAAGGAGUGGCUGCUGAACAGCAUGUUUGAGCCUGAAAUAACUGACCCCGUUCCAGUGUCUGACAGCUGGCUCGUUUUCAGUACCCCAGCUGAGAAGUUAAGUCCACCAAAGGAGGAGAGUGAAAUUGAUGCCUCAGAAAUGAGGAGAACAAAGAGAGGCCAGAGCAAGACUCCUUCAGAAAAUGAUCACUUCGCUUCCCCAACUCUGCAGAAUAAACUAAAUUUAACUACCCUCACUGAAGAGGACAUGGACACAAAUAGGUCUUCUGAACCAGAGGCUAAUCAAAGCCCAAACCAGGAAUUGCUUGUUGUAAAUGAACAGGAGAAAGGCCCCUGCUCCUCUGUGCAGGAAGAAACCCUUUUCUUGAAAUCUGCAGCAGGGGAGAAAAUCUCAACAGGCCAGCUAAUUCGCCAAAACGGAGUGGACACAGAGGUGGGGGAUGGAGCAUGUGGGAAAGAAGUCAGUCUGAGAAACAAGCAACUGUGUGUCCCCAAGGCUGACGAGAAGAUGACUGAAGUGUCUCCAUCGAAGGGAUGUUUAGUGGAAUGUGGCAUCCAGUGUACUGAAAUGAAGUGUGCAUGUAAAGAGAUGAGCAGCAUGGGACCAAGAAGGCAUCCUUUCAAAUAUUCAGAUAUGAAGAAGGCAAACAAUGGCCAGGCUGAAGGAUUCAGCAUAAUGGAAUAUGGGCUGAAAAACCAGAAGAGGAAUGGUAACCGGAGGAACCGGGGUCAAGGUGGAAAUGGAAGGAACCCACCGCACUGAGCACCACUGACUACACUCUACAAGACAACACUUGGUUUAAAAAAAAUCUAUUUUAAAUGUUGAAAUGUAAUUUCUAUUAUUAAUAAAUGUUUUUGUAUCAAUA